AUGGGUGCUGCCUUAUGCACGGAUGUGGUUCCCUUCACGUUGGAUGAUAUAAUCCUUAUUCCUCAAAGGGUGUCCAAGUCGCACCUCGCAUAUGACGUCUCGCCUGUGGCGGUGGACCACUUCUCGAAAUUUCAAAACAAUCUGAAGGCCUUUACAUUUCGUCAUCGCGAUUCCUCGGCGUCAGUUAAUGGGGCUGCCGCGCGCUUUGACCCGUCGCAUGUUUCUGCUCUACCGAUGGAUCUCUCUCAGGCAAAAAUUGAGCUAGAUGAUACACGGGUGUAUGUUCUUGUUCAAGUGCAACGACAACCUGUCUCACCACGAAAUGCCCCGACCGGAAAAGCAACGUUGGGAUCCCCAAACAUGUUUACGCCCCGAACGCUUGAGUAUCCGUUAAAAGACUGUGACAUGAACUGGCGCUGGAACGAUGUUUCGCCGUCGUGGGCUUCCGUGCUGUCGGAUGUGUUCACGCCUAGAGGUCUUGCUACCCCGUUUUCUACAAAUAUUGGCAAGCCCCCCGCAUCGCUUUCGCAUGCUGGUGCUCGUCUCUUCUCUCGUGGCGCAGGCUGCGGUACGGAAUGUGGAGAUGGUUACAAUUACUACUAUAGCAUUUAUAUACUCAACGGUGUUAGGGCCCAUCCUUCUCUUGCUGCAGUCGCUGCCGUCCACGCAGGACGCUUGGAGCAAGCUCUUAUUAACAGCAAGGAGACCUUGCAAUGUUUAUUCUUUAACUGCAACCCCAGCCGUGGUGAGAAAGAAGCUGCAGCAUGUGGAAGGGAAGAUUCGUUGUGCGCUAGCAUAGGUGACGUAGUGGGCAGCCGACGGCCAUCACGCCGCACAUCGUUUAUGGGAGAGGAAUACCAGCGAAAUGCAAUCCUUCGUUCGCUGCUCUCGCUUCGAAAGCCGGCGCCAACUGCUUCAGUGCUGGGGACCACACCGACCGGCGGCAGGUCGCAGGAGAAUUCAUCUCGCGGAAAGUCAAAGCGCCAGGAGGGUGCCGUGUUAUAUUCAUUUGAACAGUACCAGCAGCAGAAACUUAAAGGGGAUCCCUUACCACUCCCUACGACAAAGCUUUCAAACUGUUUGAUACCGCCUAUAACAGGAGCUCGACCAGAUGUGGAGAACAGCGCGAGGAAGCUGCCACCUUUAGAAACAAUACGCUCUAAGCAAUCGGUUACCGAUGCCGGGGGCGCCGUGAAGGAGAGCCCACUUCCUUUCACAGCUCGGUUUCCCAACCGGACUGCUAAUUCUCAGGUAGGGAGUGAGCGUGGACCGAGCUCUGCAGCAUCUCCAUGCCUUACGCCAAAGAGCUCAUCCUUCAUGUCACCGCGAUUCCCCGUCAUAUCCGCCCUUCGACUGGAUGGGGCACUGCGUCAGCAAGCGGGUGACGGCGGCCUGAAUGAUUCGCAGAUUAAUCCUGAGCACGACGAAAUACGCAUAACAGAGGAAAAGCUGCAGAAACUAAAGGCGUUAUCACCGGAAGCGACGGAAAUUCUUCCGUGGCUUUUUGUGGGAGGUGAGGAGGCAGCGAGGGAUCGCUCCCAACUACUGGCAAAAGGUAUCACGUCCGUCGUGAACACCGUUGCGUUCUCCAUUGAAAACGCCCAUGAGGAUAUCUUCAGCUAUCUUCGCCUAAAUGUGAGCGAUUCUCCUGACGAGCCCAUCUUCUCGCUAUUCCCUGUUGUGAACCAAUAUAUUGAGGAGGCACGCCUUAAUGGGGGAAAGACAUUCGUUCACUGUCAUCAGGGCGUUUCACGGUCAUGUUCGUUUGUUAUUGCAUAUGUCAUGUGGUAUGAAGGGUUAUGUUAUGAAAAGGCGUAUGAUUACGUUCGCGCGCGUAGAACGGUUUGCAGUCCUAAUCCAGGUUUCUACGUGAGCCUACUGCUUUGGCAAGACCAGCUGGCAAGACCUGUCCUUGACAAGGCAUAUGCAUACGUGCCAUAUCCCGAUUAUCUAUUUCCCUUCUCCUACCGUCUGGCGUUGGUAUUCCGUCGUCAAAAAGAGCAGCAGAACGGAAGUGAAGAGGGCGUUCACAUCAUGAAUCAGUCUGUGCGUGUUUUGGACGAUAAGUGUGACGAGUUUGCCAUGGAUCCUCGGUUAUGCUAUGGUUUCUUGUUAAGUGGCUGCCCGACACCGGGUGGAUCACAAGAGCCAUGUACUGUUUCACAUUUUUUCGUAGGACCGGAAUGUGCUCCUGCCAUUGGACAGCAGGCCAAAGAAGAGUGGGAAAAGUUUGUUAAGUAUAGCUUUUACCAUGGCGCAGUAAAGACCACGGUGAAUAAUAAAGGUGAAUGCAUAACUUAUACGCCUCUUCCACCACUACAGCACCCCGUUGAAUGUUUACUGACCCCUGCAGAGGUUGUAUCUGCUGUUGAUAGUAAUGUGUACAAGAGGGGGGAGACCAGCUGCGGCACUUUAAGGCGCUUGACUAUUACGUUAGUGCAUGACUCCUGCUGGGAUAGUUUGUUAUCGCGUAGCGAUAUGGUGGAGCUUUUCACCAAAUAUGUAGCAGAAGUGAAGCAACAGAAACAGGCCAUGUCGGGUCACAAGCGUCUUCGUGAGAAGGAGCAACAACGUGAUCUAGGAAAAUUGGAUGUAGGGAAGAGCAAAAGCGCACCAACGCCACGGGAACCCACCGGACGGAGCUUUGCGGCAUCGAGUGCACGGGUGGGAAGUCAUCGGUCGUUACAACCACGUCGCAAUGAACCAAUCGAACAUACAGUAGAGAGCUAUCAAGAGGAAAAGAAUGAAGGAGUAGCUGAGCGUGAGGCUGGGGGUACAACGCCAGUGAGCCAUGAAAUGGAAAUAUUCGCUUACCCUUUUACUGGAACCCCUGUGCGUGAUAUUAUAGAUGCCACCGAUAUGGAAGCAGAGCGCGCUUAUGUCAUUAUUCUUCCGCGUUCCAGCAGUGGGUUUGAGCAGGAUGGGAGAAGUUCUCCAUCGCAUCGUGUUUUCAUUUGGAUUGGUUCUAGAUGUGGCAUUGAAGCAGAUGAGGCCAUGGAUGCCUACCGCGCCUCGCUCAAAUCAGGAAAUGAUGUGCGAUUAGCCACGGGAGCGGUGCUGAAAAAUCCUGUGGAGGAGGUUGUUUACGAUGGUGAGGAACCGGAUGAACUGUUGCUAGCACUUGAUUAA